AAGUGGUUGGCCGCAUCUGUGACGCAGCAGCUCCGUCCCCUCCCUCCAGCAGUCACUCUCACAGUAGUCCGUGAUUCCGUGUUGGAAGAUGGCUACAGAGGACCGGACCCCGGUCAAUGAAGGGUUCCGGAUUUUUGUGUUGUGCGUGUUUUGGUACACGGUGAGCUCGGGAGGCAACGUGGUGAACAAAAUCAUCCUAAAUGGGUUUCCAUACCCGGUCACUGUGUCUCUGUUUCAUAUAUUGUCUAUCGUCGUGUUUUUGCCGCCGUUCUUGCGGGCAUGGGGAGUCCCUAAGAUAGAACUGCCGAACAGGUAUUAUCGAUGGUACAUCCUGCCUUUGGCUUUCGGAAAAUACUUCGCAUCUGUGUCGGCUCACUUCAGCAUAUGGAAAGUGCCCGUUUCGUAUGCGCACACCGUCAAAGCCACAAUGCCAAUAUGGGUUGUGCUGCUAUCAAGAAUUAUCAUGAGAGAGAAGCAAACUACGAAGGUGUACAUUUCUUUAAUUCCCAUCAUUGGUGGAGUGCUGCUGGCCACUGUGACUGAGCUCUCCUUUGAUGUUUCAGGAUUAAUCAGUGCUCUGGCUGCAACACUCUGCUUCUCUCUGCAAAACAUUUUCUCCAAAAAGGUGUUGCGAGACACAAAGAUCCACCACUUAAGGCUGCUGAAUAUUUUGGGCUUUAAUGCUGUAAUCUUCAUGCUGCCCACUUGGGUUCUGGUGGACCUUUCUGUGUUUCUUGUAAAUGGAGACCUGUCGGACAUCUCUGGAUGGACGGGCACUUUGGUCCUUCUGCUCAUCAGUGGCUUUUGUAACUUUGCCCAGAAUGUGAUCGCCUUCAGUGUUCUUAACCUCAUCAGUCCACUCAGCUAUGCUGUUGCUAACGCCACCAAGAGGAUCAUGGUUAUCAGCAUAUCUUUGCUGAUGCUGCGCAACCCAGUCAGCUUCUCAAAUGUCUUGGGUAUGAUGACGGCCAUCGGUGGAGUCUUCCUCUACAACAAGGCCAAGUAUGAUGCUAACAAGCAGAAGAAACUCUUGCCGACCACCAAGCAGGACUUUGACAACUCAGUGCUGGAGAAGCUCCAAGCCAACGGGUCAGUGCCUUUCUCUCACGGUUUAGAGGAGCAGCACAACUGGAACAACGUGCUGACCGACCACUUCCAGUACAGCCGGCAGACCUACACGUCAAACUACGGCGGCAAACCCCAGUAUGUGGUGUAGUGGAGUUUGCCCUUGCUGUGGGUAGCUGUCAUAGACAUUACUGUGUGGAGACCCCCCCCCCCCCCCUCCCAGCAAUGGAAUCACCUCAAGAAGAAAAGGAAGUGGCAUUUGUGGAGAAAGGUUAGAGAGUUAAAAACUCCCUCGUUCUUUUUACAGUUAGGAACAUUAUUUAUUACUUUGGUACCUACUUUUUAACAUAGCUUGAUAGAAAAAUAACAUAAAUCAGCCACGUUGUGCUGUAACAAAAUCUAUUACGGUUAAUUGAUUAGUAGAAAUCUAUUUUUGUUUUGUUUUAUAUCCAGCCUGAGUUCAUUUUUGCUUGUUUGUUCUGUAGUUAGUUUACCGUUUGUCAAGUUGUACCAAAAAGCGAGUUUGACAUGUGACCUUUGAUACAAAUUCAGUAAAAAUAUUAUUGACUGUUAGUUUCCUUUAUCAGGCUGUCCAAGAAACAGUAAAUACUGUGUAGAGGUGGAGACUUGUUGGACUUCAUGUAAAGCAUUAAGGGGGUCGUUUUUGUUGCAUGGCUGCAGACCCCCAAGCAAGAUGGAGCCGGUGGAGAAAAUAACAAGUUGGGUGGAUGUUCCUACCAUUGAUUUAAGUCAAUGCAUGUUUUAAGAUCAAAACUAUAUCAGAUGAUGUGGAAAAUAAAAAAAACCCUCCUUUCUGUAGGUAUGAUUUUCCUGCAGAGGUUUGCAAGGUUACAGUGCCGUCAGUCUUUUUAAUUUUUUUUUUUGUCUCUUCCCUCGGGCAAUAAUGCAUAAUUGCAUUGAUCAAUAUCAUGACCUGUUCAUUAACGUUCGGCUGCUUUGCUAUCUGAACGACUGAAGACUUAGACGACUGCUCUUAAAAUGCUAAAGAGUUUGAAGACUUUUCUCCACAUCUGCUAAAAGCUGAUGUCGAUGAAUGCUUUUGCACAUUAGGGUUGUGUCUUUAUGAUGUGAAGAGGUACAAACUGAACAAAGUCGACUCAUAAAUGAUGUGCAGUAACUAAAUACUUCUGUGCUGUACUUUGUUUGUCUCUAAGGCCAUCAAUGGAAAUGUUUUCUUUGUAGUGGUAGACAUAUUAUUUUAAAUUAUGUAAAACAUUUUCUGUUGGUUAAAAAAUAUUUUUUAUUUGGAAAUUUUUUUUUAUACAUUUUUUUUUAAAAGGCCUUAGUCAAUUUUGCACAUCUUUAAAAGACUUACAUUAGACAUUUGUAAAGCGACUGUACUUGAAGGAGUUUUGAACAACUUUUGUGUCAGUGGACAGGUGUGACUGAAGGUCAGUCAUGCAUUAAAUUAGAAAAAAUAAUUCCUAUUUGCUUUAUUUCUACACAUCUUGGGGUUUUGUGGACUUUUUAAGAUGCAAACCUCUUUUUCUGUCACCAUCCUUAUUCUGAAACAUGGAUGCCUAAAACAUGAAGUCUCAGCUUUUGCUUCUUACAUCCCAUAAGGCGGGGUUGUUAAACUGCCAUCAGUUUUGGAGUUCUUUAAAAUACUUUAUGAGCUAAAGUAACUAAAUGAAAAUAAAUAAUAAUAAAUGUUCAAAUAAACUAUAAAGAGUUACAUUGAUGUCACUAUUUAAAGUCCUCAUAUGUUGUUGCUGCUUAUAGAAAAGGCUCAGGUACCUGAUGGUAAGAAUAUAUUUUCUGAUUAAUUGGACAGUUUUUUUUCCUCCUAAUGAAAUACAACAUAUUAAUACGAGUUUAUCAAAAGUUGAUCUUUGACCAACAGAUGUAUUGAUUUUAAUUAAUUUCAUGAUUAAAGGUUGAUCAAUCAUUUCCCCUAAUAGUUUUAUUGCCAUGAGAGGCAAACAUAUCAUUUACUGAUUAUCAGUUAUAAAAGUAUUUGCCCACAUUCAUUUAGAAAAGUAUGACAUAGUAUAAGGGCCACCUUAAAACGACAAAAAAAAGAAAGUCGUGAAUUUUUAGAAAAAAAAGUCAUAAAAUAAUAAGAGUGAGAUGUGCAUUUAUGAAAAAGAUUCAAUGAAUUACAAGAAUAAAGUUGUACAUUUAAAAACUAUUUUACAGGGAAAAGUUUCUAUCAUGAAAUGUAACAUUUGACUUUUAAAAUGCUCCAUUGAAGAUGACAUUCAUGCUGCUGAAAUGGGAUGGGCAUCACACUGCUCAAGAAUUUUGCUAAAUCUGCUUCACUUUUUUGUAAAUGUACAACUUUACAACCCACCUUUUUCUUGUAAAAUUACAACUUUUUAAAUAAGUUUCCUUUUUUUGUGAAAGGCAGAUUUUUUCCAAAUCAUUUACAACUUUAUUCUUGUAAAAUUUCCUAAUGAAUGUACAACUUUACUCCCAUAUUUUCAUUUUUUUUUCCUUUUAUGGGGGCCCUAAUACUCUGUUAUAGGAAAGAAAACUCAUUUUACAGCAAUUGGACUAUGAUUUUUAAAAACAAAGGGAUCUAAAAUCAAAAUACUGCUAUACAUGUCAGCACGAAUGUGCUCCCCCAGUUUUGCGAAAGAUUUUGAUUGUCUUGUUGUAAACUGUCAGGGUUUCAAAAAGGAACAAACACUAAAUGAAAUGCUAAGUGUGAUUGCUGUAGUAAACCAAAUGGACAUUUUUACAACCUCCAGGAAUUAAAUUCUAAUGUGAGAUUUUGGAAAAAUGUAGAAAUGAUGAGAAUCUGAGUUAUUUUAGAGGGAUUUUAAAAUUCUGGGAAAGACAUGAUUUUUUUUUUUUAUUCUGUCUCAUUUGUACUUUUUAGCUGCUCUUCUAUUUCUUUGUGUCCUUCUUCAUGUUGCCAAGAGAGCUGUACUACUUUUCAUGCCGGUGCCCCAAUGGGACAGAGGCCUUCUUUGAGGGGAGAGGAGGAGGGGGGGGGGGGGGUAUUUCAAUUAAAGCUGGGAUUCAGGAAAUGUUUAGCUUUACAUUGACUUCCAUCAGUGGAAAGGAUAACUGGCUGAAAAUGUGGCCACGUGUGAACGUAGCAAACGUAGAUUCUUGUUUGUAGUAAAGCCUUUUUUUCUACACAGGAUGUAAAUGAUGGCAUGUGUGUAAAUGGGAGAAAUCUUGUAAAAUGUGUACAGAUAUUUUUGUGUGUCAUAAAUGGAUCUUGAAACAGAGUUUUUAACUUAAACUAUGUUUAUAGAUUUUUAUUUAUGGUGUCAUUGUACAAAAAUGUUGUACAAAGGUGAAGAUGCACAGAGCUGUGUUGGCUUGAGUUUUGUAAAUAUUUUCAAAAUGUUUGGGUGGGAGGGGAUAUAAAUGUAUUCUGAAAAGCAAAA